AUGUCCCAGAUGCUCGCCCAUCAUGCGGUUAUAGGAGAGCCGGCGGGUGCAGGGUUGGCCGGGGGCCAACCCAGCUACCCGUCAAUCUUUCGCGCCAGCGCCGAGAUCCCGCCGUUCUACGCCUCCUACCGGUGGUGGGAGGACGAGGCCACCCCCAUGCUAUGGGCUUUCGACGCCCAGGAGAUCAAGCGCGUCAUCCGCUUCGGCCUGUACCGGGACCAGCAGCUGCCGCGCACGGCGCUGCAGAGACGCAACGCCUCCACCGUGGAUGCGUUCCUGAAGACCCUCGUCGAGCCCGCCGAACGGGUCUUCACGGCCAACCUGUCGCACAUCCAGAAGGUCGAGGAGAUUCUCCGCCGGUGCAGGAUCACCGCGCCCCCGCGCUCCGCGUGGAGCUGGUUCCCGGCCCAGACAGACCGUGACGUGCAGCCGGCUGAUAUUGCCAGCGCCAUCGAUGCCGAAAGUCACCUGCAGUUUACACGCAUUUCGUUUGAGGAGCUCGUCCGCUACUCGCUCGGGUACCCGUCUGCGGCGGUCGAGUGGUUCUUCCAGCAGCACACUGCGUUCUACAUCCACAUGUAUAACUACCUGCAUGCGUAUCCGGACGAGGUGGGCCGGUUUGUCGAGGUCGAGACGUAUCUGCGCGGCCACAGCCCCUUCGCCCACCGCGCCCUGGUCCAGUGCUUGCUUGCAGUGCAGUCCGGGGGUACAGCCGAGAUUUCCACCCCGACAGCCCCGGCCUUCGAGUUUAUCGCCGGCCCCAUCCAGCGGCUGUUCACAGACCUCUCGCCCAGCCUGACCGACAUCCUGAAAGUGCUCGCCGUGCUGAGCGUCCGCUUCCAGCGCACGUACGUGCAUGCCCGCGAGAUGGACUGGACGCGGCCGUUCAACGUGGGAUUUUCCUUUCUCGAAGACCUGCUGGCCGCCACCUCGGCCAAGGACUUUGCGCGCACGCUGACGGCCACCGACGAAGGAGUCUUUGGCAAACUCACUGUGCAGAGCAUCCUGGACGAGGACGCGGUGACGACGGGGAUCCUCACACAGUGGGAGCACCUCAGCCUCGACGUGUGGGAGUGUUGCACCGGGCUGCCGGAUAUGAUUCCUCUGAUCCAGGAGUGCGUGCAGGCCCUCGUUGGGACGCGAAACUACCACUCCCUGACAGCCAUCCUCACCGGCCUCCACAGAUACAGCAUCACCGACUCCUCCCUGACCACCACCCCCGCCGCCGCCGCCAUGAUCGUCCCCAACCCCGUCGUGCCCCCGGACCUGCUGUGUCUCCUCCACCCGUUCCAGAACUACGCCGCCUACCGACAGCAGUUCGUCAACGCUCCAGGGAUCCCGUUCCUCGUGCCGCACAUCAGAGAGUCCGAGGAGCACGGCCAGCAGGUCCUGAGCCAGAUGUUCCAGCAGAUGCGGACGGCGCUGCACUAG